AUGGCCACCACUAUAACGGAGACGAUCACCGAGCCUUUACGAACCUUACGUCUGCGCCCAGAGUCAUCGGAGAAGACGGAGAAGCCUAAUUUCAAGGGAACCAAGUACGACCAUGAUAAAGAUGCAGGUGGAAACAAGGACGACGCAUACCCAUACGCUUGGGCCCUUCCGACAUUCAACAACGACAAGUAUCCCCCGUUGACAUCUUUCGAGCACAAGGAUCCCGGAUUGGAAGCUCUGAAGCACGAGAACCCUAAAGAGUUCCUUGCGAACGCAGAAGUCUCGGAUUUGACUCCAAGAUUCGGAGCUGAUGUGUCAGGUGUACAACUGACACAACUAGACACUCGAGGCAAACAACAGCUAGCGAAAUUCGUGGCAGAGAGGGGUGUUGUUGUUUUCCGGGAUCAGGACUUCUUAGAUCAAACUCCGGAAUGGAUGCUGAAUGAUUGGGGAUCCUUCUUUGGUCGAUUACACGUUCAUCCAACUUCCGCGCAUCCCAAAGACCAUCCCGAAUUCCACCUUGUAUACCGAGAUAUGAGCAAGACUUUCAACUACGAGUUUACCGAUCGUUUCACAUCGAGUGUAUGGCACUCUGAUGUCACAUACGAAGAACAACCUCCUGGACUUACCACUCUGUUCCUCUUCGACUCCCCAGCUUCCGGAGGUGACACUGCUUACGUUUCACAGACAGAAGCUUAUAAGCGACUGUCACCUUCCUUCCGAGCCUACCUCGAAACACUGGAGGUUAUCCACUCAGGUGUUGAACAAGCUAAUUAUUCGAGAGCCGGAAAUCGAGGUGGUACCGUUCGAAGAGAGCCCGUUGAGACCGCACAUCCAUUGGUUCGAUCCCAUCCAGUCACAGGAGAGAAAGCACUGUAUGUGAACAAGCAAUUUUCCAGAAGGAUUGUUGGGUUGAAACAGGAAGAAAGUGAAGCUAUCCUCAAUUUGCUAUACGAUCACUUAGCAAAAGGUGUAGACUUCCAAGUCCGGGUAAAAUGGUCCCCCAAAGCGGUGGUUUUAUGGGAUAACCGAAUCACAGCACACAGUGCUAUUGUUGAUUUCGACUCUGCGCAGGAUGGGCGAAGACAUGGGGCUAGAAUCACUCCUCAAGCCGAGAGACCUUUUUUGCGUAAAGAGUAA